AUGGCGGAGGACAAGGUGGGCGGAUCUUCGUCGGCGGGCUGUCCUGGGACACCACGGAGCGCACGCUCGAGCGCACCUUCGGCCAGUACGGCAAGGUCAUCGAGGCUCAGUGAAGGCAUACGUUACUAUGUUGUUGUUUGUAUCAAGGGACAUUUGAACCUCAUGUCUUACAAUUUCAAUCUAAUAGCAGCCGAUGAUUCACAGAGGCUGCAGUCACUUCCAUUUCUAUAUGUUAGGAAGUUAGCAAAGUUGCAGGAAAAGAAAUUCACUAAUCAAUUGAGCUCGCUGAACCAGACACCUGUUUUUGCCAUGUUAGUACUUAAGAUAACUGCUGCCAGCUUUAGAUCACAGAAAAGAAUCGUCACUGGCUUGGUUAAUGAACUCCACAGAAGUAAACAUGGUUGCCAGUGCUGGACUGAACUUGUGGCAAAAUUUGGUUGCAUCAUUCUUCUGGAUCAGUUUGAUAAGGCAGAGAAACCAUUUGUCCUUUCAGUAGCGAGGCAGCAAUGGAACUCUGAUGAUGGUUAUGGAUAUGGUGGUGGUGGUGGUGGUGGUUACUCGUCUCUGGUGCUAGAGGUGGAUAUCGUGAGUGGAGAUGGAAGUGGUAGAAGUGGAAGGUAUUCUCCCGCUUCAAGGUAUGGUGGUGGUACUGGGGGACGUGGUGACCGCUUUGGAGGAUCAGAUCGUUUUGCUCGCUAUGAUGAUGAUCGAUAUGAUGGUGGCCGCUAUGUAGACAGCAAGGAUACUUAUUAUGGUGCUGGGCGUGAUCGUUAUGCUAGUGAUCGCUAUGCGCCAGCAGCAGACCGCUAUUCUGGUGACAGGUACAGUGGUGCAGAUCAUUAUGCGUCCAGUGGCUUUGCCAGAGAAAGGAGCUAUGAGAGAGAUGUAGGGAGGUCCAAUGGAGGUUACUACCGUGAUGAUCCGAGGGGCACUGGUGGCUAUGGCAGAGGUGGUUCACGUCAAUGUGGGUGGCAGCGGCGGCGGUGGCGGUGGCCUGCUCGCUUUGGUGGGAGUUACCAGAUAGGCCUGCUCCAUAUGACCGCCCCAAGCAGGGAGGGCAGCUCGUGCUUACGAUGA